ACACGCAUUUUAUUCUCUGAAUGACAACGAGCUCUGCUCCGACGGCGAUGGCGGAACAUCCCCGUCUUCUUCUCCACAACUUCAUCACCGUCGAUCAAUGCAAGGAGCUGGAGUUUAUCCAUCGGAGUUGCGGCGUUAUGGGCUACAGGCCCGGCGUCCUCUCCACCACCCUCUCCCACCUCAUCGCCACCAACUGCCCCCAUCUCAUCCUCCCCUUUGUAUCCAUCCGCAAUAGGAUCAAGGAUCUCGCUGAAGACUUCUUUUCCUGCCACUUUGACCUCUUCCUCGAGUUCACUGGUCUCAUCAGUUGGUGUAAAGGGGCAUCAAUUGGAUGGCACAGUGAUGACAAUAGGCCUUACCUUAAACAGAGAGAUUUUGCGGCAGUUUGCUACUUGAACAGUCAUGGGAAGGAUUUUAAAGGUGGAGUAUUCCACUUCAAGGACGGGGAGCCCGCAUCUAUUUUUCCAGUUGUUGGGGAUGUCUUGAUCUAUACGGCUGACAGUCGCAACGUUCAUUCUGUAGAUGAGGUGACUGAGGGUGAAAGACUAACCUUAACUCUUUGGUUUACUCGAGAUAGUGCUCAUGAUGAAGAUGCCAAACUCAUCAGUCUUCUCUCUGAAAGGCUAUUGAACAAUGAAGAUAAUCAUUCUGAUCCUUUCCUCCCAGUGCCUGCCUCAGAUAAUAUGUAUUGGUUUUCUCACGGGCAUGAUCAGUUGGGUUUUGAUGUGCGGUGUGCCAGAGUGCACAUCCUUGGGUAUAAUUUCUGCUCAACUAGUAAAAAAAAAUGCGAGACAUCUGAUUCAUCUUAUGAAGAGUUACUUGCAAGACCCUUGCAACUCAGCAGAGGUGAUGUGAUACUGGGAGAAGAAUUUGCAAAUAGUUUGCAUGCCCUCCAGGUGGUGCAGUUCUACUACUGGAAAGCUCAUGAACUAAAAGCGGCAAGAAAAUGUAGCAGCUCUGCAAAAUUACCCCAACCAUCUUUAUUGGAGAAGACAAGUUAUUUUCAUUUGGUUUUAACAGGUGAUCUCAAACUUGCUGAGGAGGUAUUAGGCUGCGUGUCUUAUGAUGACAAUCCGAAUUUUUUUAAUUGGGAUGACUUUGCACUUGCAAUUGCAAAAUGGAAAGUUUACAUUGGUAAAUUGCACGAGCACUUGGUGGUUUCAUUGCCGCAAUGGAUUAAUCAUCAGAUCAUAUACUUGGCUGAACCCUCUGAAGUUGAGAAACACAAUGACUGAGCCAAAUGAAACUAUUCCAAACUCACUUAUCUAUGCCAGUAUUGCAAGAUGCAUGCUUUCUUGGCUGGUGGAUCCAUACUCACUUUGCAAUUGGAUUUGGAUGCCGACCGAGAAUCUUUCUAGUGGAGUCAGAUGAGAAUCAUGAGAUGGAAGGCAGAAUGAAUGUUCAACAGAGAAAACUCAUCAUAUUGAAAUGCAAGUAGAAACCAAAAGAAAAGAAUUAAAUGGUUCUGCAGUUCAUUCUGUAUCUCUUCCAUGCAAACUCCUACAAUUGCAGAAAUCUGGUGUCCAAUCUCCAAUGACAUUAUCUAUAGCCAAAACUUAUCCUAGCUGAUCAUCUCCUACAUGAAUGUGU